AUGCGUCAGCAGCGGGAGAAGGACGCCCGCAAGCCUCGUGCGCAGCAGCUUGUUUUCUCCACGAAAAAAGCGAGCCGCAAGGCGAAAGAGCGUCAGCAGCAAGGACAUCAUUCGGUCACGGGAAGUGCGAAAGCAGCGCCUUCAGAUAUACAGGAAGAGCAGGAGCAUGAAUCAUUGUCCCGCGGUACUCAAGAGCGACGAAAGAACCGCUCAAGUCGCACCUAUAGCCAGUCUGUGAAGCAUAUGCGGCCAUCGUGUGCGCUAUUACAGGGUGACCACACCACAGUGGCACAGUGCGUUCGUAUGAUGGUGGAGCGGAAGACAGAUGCGUCACUGCUCGUGAACAAGAGCGGUUUGCUCACAGGCAUUUUAACAGACCGGGACGUUGCGGUGAAAGUGGUGGCGGUGGGUAGAGACCCUUGUACGACAUUGGCUUUUGAGGUUAUGACGCCCGAUCCAUCGUGCGUAUCAGCUAGUUCCAGCGCAAUCGACGCAUUAAAGAUGAUGAUAUCAGGACAAUUUCGCCACUUGCCAGUCACAGAUAACGAUAAGGUGGUGGGCAUACUGGACAUUGCCAAGUGCCUUUACGAAGCAAUAACAAAACUUGAGCAUGCGUAUCGAAUUUCUUCCGAUCGCUUGGAAGAAACGGUAAAAAAGCUACAAAGAACAUUGCCAGGGUCCACAGAGGCAAACCUUUUUGAGUCUUUGCGGCGGAAGCUAUUCCUCCCAACGCUAUCAGCAAUCAUAGUAGAAGGAUCGGAGGUGCCUGUGCUUAGACCGAAGUCAACAGCUAUGGACGCAGCAUGUGUGAUGCUGAAUCAUAAGACAAACGCAGUCAUGGUGUGCGAUGAAGCGGGUCGUACAGCGGGAAUUUUCACGUCAAAGGAUCUGAUGCGACGUGUGGUAGCUUUAUCGCUGAAGCCCAAUGAGUCUUUGCUGUCUAGUGUGAUGACGCCUGACCCACAAACAGCCACUUUAAGCACAACGAUUUUGGAAACACUUCAUUCGAUGCACAAUGGAAGUUUUUUGCACGUACCCGUCUUCGGUGAUGGUGAAAAGUUGGUGGGUAUCGUGGAUGUUCUGCAGGUUACGCACGGUGUUAUUCAACAAAUGGGCACUUUUCAAAGUGUUAGAAGCGAUGGUGUUCAGCCGCUUUGGGAUCAAUUUCGAAGCAGUUUGAAGAAGUCAAACGACUCUGGUGAACACGAAGAAGUUGAGGAUGAUCGGUCGAACGUCGGUGUGAAUGAUUCCGAUGCAGAUGGCAUUGACACUCCGGUUUUGGUGGGGCGACAAUCGUGGAAUGAGUUUCAAUUGUCGGUAGGAACACGUGCAACGGGUGACUCAGCAGCUCUGGAUGAGAACCCUUUAACUGAAGAAGGGCAUGUUCCCGAUGUAUUUGUUUACAAACUUGCCGAUUCUUAUGGUAACAACCACCGUUUUACUAGCUCUGCUGAGUCCGUGAGCCAGCUGCUUGUGGAUGUUCAAACCCGGCUUGGUGAUAAUACCAUUCGCCGUGUCUUUUACGUUGAUGACGAAGGCGAUCAUGUGCUACUUUCUGAGGAUUCUGAGUUGAGAGAUGCUGUAAAUCGCGCGCGCACCUGGGGAAAUAAGUAUAUUCGGCUCAUGGUUCCUCAUUACCGACUUGUUCGCCGAGUGCUGGCGCAUAACAGCGAAACGACGAUCGGAAUGGUCGUUUAUGCCGCUGCUGUUGCUGCACUUGCUGGUGCAUCGUUUUUCCUCAGCAGGCGAAAGUGA